GCGAGUCGAGAGACGGGAGAGCAGUGCAGUGCAGUGCAGUGCCGCCUCGUCUUCCUUCCCUCCCUCCUCAUACUCUCUCUCCUCCCGGUCUUCUCCUCCCCCGCCCAAAGCGGAGCGCGGCGGUUAUAUAUAUAUAUAUAUAUACAGCACUUCCUCCUCCUUCCUCGCCGCACGUCGCCCUCCGACUUCGCCUCGUCAGCCGUCGUCACCGCCCCCACCCGUGGAUUGCACCGGAGAUCGGAAUGGGCGGCUUCGCCUACCCCUUCACGCCGUCGCCGGCGUGGUCGCGGGACGCCGUGUUCGCUGGCUCGCCGUGGGCCGCAGGCGGCGUCUCCUCCCUCGCCGACGCUUUGGUGAGCUACGGUGCCGUCGACGACGAGGAGGCCGCGUUCCUCGGCAAGACCGCCGCGUCGUCUCCCAGUACGGCGAGGCUGCACGAGCAGCAGCAGCUGCUGCUGGAGGCUGAGCUGCUGCGCCACGGCGACGGCCUCGGCUUCGCCGCGAUGGACGACGACGGCGGCGCCGCGAUGCUCGGCGCGCUGGAGCCGUGCGCCAUGCCGCUCACCGACAGCGGCGGCCCCCCGGUCAUCUGCAGCAGCAGCUCCAACGACAGCAGCGGGAGCGAGCACUCCGCCGCCAUGCCUGCAGGAGGCGGCUUCCUCGUCGGAGAGCAGCAGCAGCACGUGCCGCCGGCGGCCUACGCCGCGGGAGGUGUACUCCCGUCCAUGGCCGCGGGAGAAGAAACGCCGCAGAGCUUCGGCUUUGGCAGCCUCUUCAAUGGCGAUCUCCUGCAGGAGGCGACCGUGAGCAAGUAUCAUCAUCAUCAGCAGCAGCAGCAGCUGGGCGUUGUGCCUUCGUCGCAGCCGCAUCAUCUGAAUGAUGACAUCGAUUUCAACACUGGAAAAUUGAUGUCUUUUGCUUCUGGACAGCAGCACGUUACCCCCAGCAUUGACAGCCUGCAGAUCGACCAGAAGGAAUUCAGCAGUGGCCUGCACCACCUCAAUCUCUCCUCGCUGAUUUCUGGACCACUCGCAUCAUUCAAUGCAACACAGAGCCAUAGACAGCCUGCUGAAGCUUGCGGUGGCAAAAAUGGCGGCGCCGCUCCAUUUGUGAACCUAUCUGAGGUGCUACCAAAGGGCAAUGGGAGUGGUAGUGCUGGGAAUGGAGCACCCAAGCCUCGUGUCAGGGCUCGCCGAGGCCAGGCCACCGAUCCCCACAGCAUCGCAGAGAGGCUCCGGAGGGAGAAGAUCUCUGACAGGAUGAAGGAUUUACAGGAGCUUGUCCCAAACUCAAACAAGACUAACAAGGCAUCCAUGCUCGAUGAGAUCAUCGACUAUGUGAAAUUUCUCCAAUUACAAGUCAAGGUCCUUAGCAUGAGCAGGCUUGGAGCGGCCGAAGCCGUUGUCCCUCUUCUGACAGAAACACAAACCGAGAGCCCCGGGUUUCUCCUGUCCCCAAGAUCAUCAUCAGGAGAAAGGCAGGCAGGAGCAGGAGCAGUAACAGGAGGGCUCCCCGGCGAUCAGCCGGAGCUCCUGGACGGCGGCGCCAUGUUCGAGCAGGAGGUGGUGAAGCUGAUGGAGGACAACAUGACGACGGCGAUGCAGUACCUGCAGAGCAAGGGGCUCUGCCUCAUGCCGGUGGCGCUGGCGUCGGCGAUAUCGGCACAGAAGGGGACGUCCUCGGCCGCCGUCCGACCGGAGAAGAAGAAGAACGGUGAUGGCGAUGGCGGCGGCGACGAGGAGGACGUGAAGGGAGAGUUUGACGCACCGAGGAGGCCUCCUGUCGGCCGGCCGAAGGAGAUGAGGUCCAGAGUCUAAGCUAGAACCUCUGCUUUGUUCAGGAGAGAUGGAGCUUAAUUUAGAUCCUAACACUUUGCUACUUAUAUGUUUAUUAUUAUGAAAUUUUAAUUGCAAGUUGCAACUGGUGAUCUCGAACUACAUUUUGCCGGUGAUUAGAAAAUUGUUAUAUGGAGGUUAGUUAUUAAAUCAUAUAUAAUUAUAUUUUGUAUUGUUGCGGUCCUUGCGGACAAUGCCAUUCAGUACCUUGAUAUUUGAUCUAUAUAGUUCACAAAUUUUUGUAAA